CCACUGAACAGUGUGUCUCAGUGCAAAAAGCUAACUCUAAAGGCAAACUUCUUCCACGCUCCACUCCAAAAUGCCUGUAGACUACAGCGGUCGCUGGGAGAUGGUGAGCAAUGAGAACUUUGAGGACGUCAUGAAAGCCCUUGACAUCGACUUUGCCACCAGAAAGAUUGCUGUCCAUCUGCAUCAGACCAAAAUCAUCGUCCAGGACGGAGACAAGUUUGAGACAAAGACGCUGAGCACCUUCAGAAACUACGAGGUCAACUUCACGGUGGGACAGGAGUUUGAGGAGCACGCAAAGGCCCUGGACGGCAGGAAAGUCAUGACAUUGGUGAACUGGGAUGGAGACAAGCUGGUGUGUGUUCAGAGGGGGGAGAAGGAAAACCGUGGCUGGAAACAGUGGAUCGAGGGAGACAUGCUACACCUGGAACUCACUGCACUCGACAAAGUCUGCCACCAAGUGUUCAAGAAGGCAUAAUAACAUGGGAACAGCGCUCGCCUGCAACCAAACUGUCUAUUUAUACUGUGACUGUGGACACUUGUAAUAAACCACGGACAUUUUCUCUCA